AUGAAUAACUCCCAUGAGUACUUCAUUAAACAAUUUGUUGAUAUUUGUUUAUACCAUCUUCUUGCAGGUAAUGUUGCAGCUUUGAUUUUGGUAGCCAUUCUUUGGGGAACAACCAAUCCAUUUCUGAAAAGAGGAACUGAGGGUCUGGAGCAGGUAAAGAGAGAAAGCAGACUGCAGCAGAUGCUGGCUGAAAUAAAGUUCCUUUGCCUGAAUUACAAGUACAUGUUACCAUUUAUACUAAACCAGUGUGGCUCAUUCAUCUACUAUAUCGCAUUAGCAUCCACAGACCUAACCUUGGCUGUGCCUCUUUGCAAUUCCUUGGCCCUGGUCUUCACAAUCGCAACAGGGAAAGUUCUUGGGGAAAACAUAGGUGGCACAAGGGCCGUUCUGGGGAUGCUCUUGACAAUCUUGGGCAUUGCCAUCUGCAUAGUUGCAUCUGCGCGCAAACAUCCAUGAGGUCUCCAAGUAAGAGAAAGGGAAAUUCUGUGGAAAACCAUUCUCAUCUGUACAACUGCUUAUACCACUCUCAAGAGUUGCAGCACGGGGUAAACAACCCCUGGCUCCACGUUAGAGAGAGCAUGGAUUUUCCUAGCCUGGCAAUCGCUCCUUUGUGCACUUGGAUUCUAGAGACCUGUGUCCCUAGAUCUUGUCUUGGUGUUCCUAUUAACCAGAAACUUUUGAGGACCCUGAGAUUGCUUUAAUGGAAGCAGCAAGAUCAGGAGCC